ACCUCUUGUGAACAUUUAAAGCGUAGAACAUUUGUCGAGUAACAGAACGGAAAUUUAACGGUUUGUCUCAAACAGAAUUAAAUUAUAGCGUUUUUAAAUGUGCGACGGUUGUCGGAAUGACUGCAGACGAGGGAAAUAGCUGCGUAUCUUCACGUUUGUUGGAAGCUCGCUGACAUAAAUCGUGGAUGAAUGUUGAAAGCUGCCCUGAACCUGUGUUACACUGAAGGACAUGGACCUGCCCACCUCCUGUCCUUCAGAUCAUCAGAGUGGUCUCCUCCCUGAUCUGGAGACUGCUGCUGGCCUUAACCCCAAGCAGGAAAUGGAUUCUAGCAGUCUGACAGUUUACCUUUACUACUUGGGGAAGGACGAAGUGAGAGAUGUAGCCAACAAUUCAGAGCAUGUGCUCACUUAUCCAGCAGGGGAGUAUGUAGCAGAGGAAUUGUGCAUCAGUGCGGCCAAAGCAUGUGGGAUUGCUCCUCUGUACUGCAGUUUGUUUGGCCUGAUGAGGGAAAGUGACCAUGUGUGGUUUCCUCCGAAUCACAUUUUUAAACUACAUCAAUCGGACAGUGAGCGCCUGCUUUUCAGAAUUAGAUACUAUUUUCCCAGCUGGUACAACAGCAGCAGCUCGAUCUACGCCCAUCGCUACAGUGUGUCAAAGGGGAUGGAGAGUCCUGUGAUGGAUGACUGUGUCAUGUCAUACCAGUUUUUUCAGUGGCGCAGUGACUUUCUGAAUGACUGCGUUCAGAUUCCAGUGAGCCAUGAGGCCCAGGAGGAGUGUCUCGGUUUGGCUGUUCUGGACAUGAUGAGAGUCGCCAAAGAGAAUGAACAGUCACCUCUGGACAUCUACAAUUAUACCAGCUACAAGUGUUUCCUGCCAGGAUGCAUGCGGACGCGCAUUCAGGAAUAUAACAUCUUGACCAGGAAGCGUAUCCGCUUUCGCUUCAAGAGUUUCAUCAAGCAGUUCGGUGAGUGCAAGACCAGGGUGCCAGACCUGAAGCUGAAAUACCUGAUGACCCUGGAGACACUGUUGCCAUCCCUCUACUCGGAACACUUCUGUGUUACUGACCUCUCUGCUCGGGAGGUUACCAUUAUAGUCACGGGCAACAAAGGCAUCCAGCAGUCAAAAGGAAAUGAAGUGGAGGCAAAAGACAAGGAGCUCAAGACCUACUGUGACUUCCCAGAGGUGAUUGACAUCAGCAUCAAACAGUCAAAUAAGGAAGGCUCUGUGGAGAGUCGCAUCGUUACCCUCACUACGCAGGACAAUCGCAUUCUGGAGCUGGAGUUCCAUUCACUCUCAGAAGCUCUGUCAUUUGUGUCAUUAGUUGAUGGGUAUUACAGAUUAGUCGCAGACGCUCAUCAUUACCUGUGCAAAGAGGUGGCUCCGCCCAGACUUAUGGAAGCCAUUCGGAGUUACUGCCAUGGCCCUGUGUCGAUGGAGUUCUCAAACCUCAAGUUACGUUGCUCUGGUAAUCAGCAAGGCUUGUACAUCAUCCGCUGCAGCCCCAAGGACUACAACAAAUACUUCAUAUCCUUUGUUGUGGGGUAUGAUGCUGUGGUGGAUUACAAGCACGGUCACAUCGUGAAGACUGAGUCUGGAGAAUACAUUCUAAGUGGUGCCAAAAAGAGCUUUGGCUCGCUGAGGGAACUGCUGCACUGCUACCAGAAAGAAGCACUGCGCACUGAUGGCUACACUUUCCAGCUGACCAAGUGCUGCCCACCCAGCCCCAAAGAUAAAUCAAAUCUGCUGGUGUGUAGAAGUAACCAAGGGAGCGAUGUGUCACCGUCAGCUUCGCUGCACCUACACAACAUCAGUCAAAUGGUUUUCCACAAGAUCCAAAAAGAAGACCUCACUAUCAAUGAAAGUCUCGGUCAGGGAACAUUCACAAAGAUCUUCCGUGGUGUGAGAAAGGAGCUGAGAGACUAUGGAGAAGUCCACCAGAUAGAUGUCGUCAUAAAGAUCCUGGACAAGGGUCACCGCAACUAUUCAGAGUCAUUCUUUGAAGCAGCCAGCAUGAUGAGCCAACUUUCCCACAAGCACUUACUCCUCAUCUACGGCGUGUGCGUUUGUGGUGAUGAAAACAUGAUGGUGCAGGAGUACGGCAAAUUUGGCUCACUGGACACAUACCUGAAAAAGAACAAAAGCUGCAUUAACAUCACCUGGAAACUUGAAGUGGCCAAGCAGCUGGCGUGGACUAUGCACUACCUGGAGGAUAAGAACCUCGUUCACGGAAACGUUUGUGCCAAGAAUGUGCUUUUGAUCAGAGAGGAGGAUCGGAAGACCGGCAGCCUGCCCUUCAUAAAACUCAGCGACCCGGGAAUCAGCAUCACCGUCCUUCCUAAAGAAGUUCUGUUGGAGCACAUCCCGUGGGUGCCCCCAGAGUGCAUCGAAGACCCUUUAAACUUGAGUACAGCUACAGACAAAUGGGGCUUUGGGACAACGCUGUGGGAGAUCUGCAGCGGAGGAGACAAACCCCUCUGCACCAUGGACAGCUCCAAGAAGAUCUUGUUCUACGAGGACAGACACCAGCUGCCUGCUCUGAAGUGGACUGAACUGGCUAAUCUGAUUAACAACUGCAUGGACUAUGAGCCGUCUCACCGGCCCUCCUUCAGAGCGGUUAUCCGAGAUCUCAACAGUCUCUUCACACCAGACUACGAGCUGCUGGUGGAGAGCGACAUGGUGCCCAACAGAACACGAGGUUUCGGUUUCCCGUGGGCUUUUGAGAGCCAGGAGCCUACCCACUUUGAGGAGAGACACCUCAUCUUUCUCAAACAGCUGGGCAAAGGAAACUUUGGCAGCGUGGAGAUGUGCAGGUACGACCCCCUGCAGGACAGCACAGGUGAGGUGGUGGCCGUGAAGAAACUACAGCACAGCACCACGGAGCACCUUAGAGACUUUGAGCGGGAGAUCGACAUCCUCAGGUCCCUCCAACACGAAAACAUUGUGAAAUACAAAGGAGUCUGUUACAGUGCCGGUCGAAGAAACCUGCGGCUGAUCAUGGAGUAUCUUCCGUAUGGCAGCUUGAGAGAUUACCUCAUCAAAAACAAAGACCACAUUGAUUCCAAGAAACUGCUGCACUAUGCGUCACAGAUUUGUAAGGGUAUGGAAUACCUUUCCUCAAAGCGCUACAUCCACAGAGAUUUGGCCACGAGAAACAUUUUGGUGGAGAGCGAUACGAGGGUGAAGAUAGGAGAUUUUGGUUUGACCAAAGUGCUGCCACAGGAUAAAGAGUACUAUACUGUCAAAGAGCCUGGAGAGAGCCCCAUCUUCUGGUACGCUCCAGAGUCGCUAACUGAGAGUAAAUUCUCUGUGGCGUCAGAUGUGUGGAGUUUUGGCAUUGUCCUCUAUGAGCUCUUCACCUACAGUGAGAAGAACUGCAGCCCACCGGCGGUGUUUAUGGAGGAGAUGGGAAAUGAAAAACAGGGUCAGAUGAUUGUCUAUCAUUUGAUAGCUCUGCUGAAAGAUGGAUAUCGACUACCAGCUCCUGGUAACUGCCCAAAGCAGAUUCACUCAAUCAUGAUGGAGUGUUGGAGCAGCGACGUGAGCUGUCGGCCCAGCUUCACUUGGCUGAUUCACAGUGUGGACUCUGUGCGAGACGUGAUGGACUGAUGACUGACCUUUCCUUUUAACUCCCAGGAACUGCUCCUUGCACGUUUUAAAGGUGGACACGGAUCUGCUGUAUCACCAGACACAGCCAGUGGUGGAAAGUAACUCAGAACAUUUACUCUGGUGUUUCUACAUCCUGCUACAUUACAUUUAUCUGACAGUUAGUUACUUUGAUUGAGAUGAACAGUACGAAAUCUGAAUCCCAUCUAAAUGAGGCAUUAGGUCCACAGGGUGAAAUUCAUGAGUUACAACAGUAUAUAAGGUAAUCUACAAGUAAAUUAUACUUAAACUUUAACACCACCAACAUUUAUCACCCAGUAAUGUGCAUUAUUCUCAAAUGAGACAGUCUGAAUAGGUAAUUUUAGCAUAUUUUGAUGCUAAUACUUUUGUACUACUACUAAAUAUUUUACGGUCAGGGGUGGUGGACAAGUGGUUAGUGCGCUUGGUUUCAGUGCAGAAGGUUCCCGGUUCAAACCCCACCCUUACCACAUUUCUGCAUAUAAUGCGGGGUUGCGUCAAAAAGGCAUCCGGUGUAAAACUUGUGCCAAAUCAACAUGCAUGUCCACUUCGGAUCUGCUGUGGCGACCCCGAGUGAAAACAAGGGAGCAGCCAAAGGGACUUGCU